AUGGCUGUAAGAAUUGAUGGUAUGCAGUUGGAUGUAUCGAAGAUUGACCUGAUAUCUCGUUUACCUCCUGAGCAAGAAUUACUAUCUGCUUUUGAAGAAGUUUUGAAUAAAAUGGAUUUACCUCCGGAUAAGAUGCGAAUUUUAAGAAGUUAUGAUUUGAGCAAGAAGUGGGAAUUAGUCUGUGAUCAGAAAAAAAUGUAUGCAGUAGCAGAUCCAUCCGUCUAUCUCGAAAAGCUUGUGCUUUAUUUAAAUCGGAGAGCAUCUAAAAAAAGAAAAAAACUACUGGGUGAUGAGACGUCAACAAACAUAUUGAAGCAUAUUGAAAUAUCACUCCGUACAAAUAGUAUCGAUUGGGUACGAAUGUUUUUAAAUGAACAAAACAAUGGAUUAAGUAUUUUAAUUGACUAUUUGACACAACUUCAGGAAGAUGGAAGCUGGGGAAGUUGCCCUGCUGACUUGAAUCAAGAUGGAGCGUCAUCAAGUGAUGCAUUUUCAAAUUCGAUUGCAGUGCAAAGUCAAACUUCAGUAGUUCCAUAUUCCGCAGAAAAUGGAUGUUUUUUGGACGAGCGAGUAACGGGUGGUUUGUUUAGACGAACAACGAGUGUAACUAAAAAAAACUCUAGAAAUUAUGGCGACCGUGAUGACGAUGUGCAUGUAUGUGUGAGCUGUUUACGAGCUAUCAUGAAUAACAAGUACGGGUUCAACAUGGUCUUUAGUAAUCCUCAGGCAAUUUAUUGCAUAGCGCGAAGUAUUCUUCAUCAAAGUUUGCGGACAAAAGCUUUGGCAUUGGAAUUACUUGCAGCAAUAUGUCUUGUGAGUGGUGGACAUGAUUUAAUAAUCACUGCAUUUAAUCGCUUCCGAGCAGAAUAUAAAGAGACAUAUCGAUUCCAGCUACUUUUUACAUAUUUUGUUAAACCGCCGGAAUUUAAUGUUGAUUUUAUGACAUCUUGUAUGCAAUUUUUUAAUAUUGUGGUACAUUCUACCGAAAGCAUGAACUACCGAAGUUAUCUACAAUAUGAGCUCACCCUUCUUGGUCUCGAUCAAUAUUUAGAGGUGUUACGAAGUACUGAGUGUGAACAGUUACAAACGCAUAUAGAUGCAUAUUUGGAUAAUAAAAUUGAUGUGCACUUUUUACUUGAUGAAACAGAUAAAAAAACUGAACUGGAAGCCCAAAACUGCCGUCUCAGUGAUGAAUUAUCCAAAAUCAUGGAGAGAUUACAAGUAGUUGAGGCAGAUUACAUCGCUCGUUUAGCACACCUUGAUCGUCGUUUGAAGGAGUUAAAUGCAGAAAAGGAAAAGCUGCUUAGGGAGCAUGACUCGACUUUGAACACCAUGAGAAGAACAUUAAAUGAAAAAGAUAAAGCAAGUCGAGAGCAGCAGUCGAAAUUGGAGUCUAGAAUUCAAGAAUUGGAAAGAAUGCAAGCAAACAUGAAAGCAGGUUUAAUUGAAGCCAAAAAAGAACAUGUACCUGUGGCAAAUGCGCCAAGUCCACCACCUCCCCCACCAGGACCCCAUCAAGAACCAGCACUAAAUCGAUUUCCACCACCUCCUCCUCCACCUCAGAACACAUUUAUUGAUAAAACUCCUCCUCCUCCGCCUCCUUUAAAUUUCAUUAAACCGCAGUUAUCUUCUAAACUCUCUCCUUCUGCUAGUGAUAUUGUAACCAUCAAAAAAAUCCACAGCACUAGGAAUAAAUUGCCCUUGUUAAACUGGUGUCCCCUGAAGCCUAAUCAGGUGAAAGAUACAGUAUUCAGCAAUCUUGAUGAUGAGAAAAUUAUGGAUAAAAUUGAUUUCACUGUUUUGGAAGAUUUCUUCAAGAUUGGAUUUUCUAAACGUCCUGAUGCAACUGAAUCAUGUCCACCAAAGCAGAACACAUCAAAUAUUGCUAAUUCCAAUGUUAUGAAUAAGAAAAAUACAAUUUUGGACACUAAACGUCUGCAAAACAUCGCAAUAACGUGCCGAAAAUUGGCCCUUAGUGCACCCGCAAUUAUGUCUGCUGUGCACCGAAUGGAUUUGAAAGCACUCACUCCGGAAAGUGUCGAUAUUUUAAUGAAGAUUGCUCCUACUCAUGAGGAAAUCAUCAAGUUCAAAGAAUAUGAAAUAGAACACAAGAACUUCUCUGAUCUUUCUGAAGAAGACCAAUUCCUUGCACAAUUAGUGAAAAUUGAACGAUUCGAGCAUAAAAUAAAAAUUAUGUCCUUUAUGGCAACUUUUGAUGAAAGUGCUGAUUUGCUGGAACCGCAAUUCGUUAAUUUGAUAGCUGCUUCAAAGUGUGUGCGAGAGGCAACAAAGUUUCACCAGUUGCUGGAGGUGUUGCUUGCAUAUGGUAAUUACAUGAACAGUGGACGGAAAGGAGGUGUAUAUGGAUUCAAAUUGUCUAGUUUAGAUACGCUAUAUGGUUUGAAGAGUUCAGUGGAACGAUCACUCUCAUUACUCCACGUUAUUGCUAAAACAGUUUCUCAUAGUUUCCCCGACUUAUUGAAUUUCGCUGAUCAACUAAAGUUUGCAGAUAAAGCUAGUACAAGUAAGUUUUGA